CUGCCAUCUACCGGUAAAGGCGCUCAAUCGCAUGAAUCGUGUCUAGACUCCAGACUUUGCGCGCUAGGACCCUGAGACAGAGACAGACAGAAGUAAACAUGGCAGACAGAGACACAUCUACAGAUGCUCACAAACACAGUGUUUAUGGGGAGCUUCUCAGUCCGUCAGAGCUGUUUGAGGCGAGGUCCCGGAGCCAUAAGAUACCGGUGAGGGGUCAGAAAGACUUCCAGCCCAGUGGGUCGGAGCAGCAGAGGGCCCGUCUGCAGCAGAGUCUGGACGAGCACUGGACGCUCCUGGCCGAGGAGAGAGUCGAGAGACUAGGGAACCUAGUGAAAGCUGUCUGGAUGCCUGACGAAAGACUAGUGGAACUGCAGUCACCAGCAGGGAAGUUUUGGCAGACGAUGGGUUUUUCAGAGAGAGGCAAGCAGUACCUGCUUCCUGAAGAGGCUCUUUACCUCAUGGAAUGUGGUAAUGUGCAGGUGUUUUACCGGGACCUUCCUUUAUCCAUUCAGGAGGGGUAUGAGCGGUUUCUCUCUCGUGAGACUGUGACUCUUCAUCAGUAUCAGGUUUUUGGCCAUUUGAAAAGGCUUGGGUAUGUUGUGAACAGAUUUGACCCCAGUUCAGUCCCAUCCACAUAUGAGAGACGGCUGAAUCUGCCAGCAACAUCAGGGGACAAACAGAGAAAACAGCUGAAGAGGAAGCGCUCUCAAAGUCCUGUGUCCAGUGACAAACAAAACACAUCCCCAGAGGAGAAGACGACAACUGAAGACCAGAGUGAGGAGCUAGUCAGGACCAGUGAACCUCCAGCAGAUGCGCCUCUGGAGGAGCCCAUGCAGUCCGCCGAUGCCUCAGACAGGACGUGGUGGAUGGAGGGCGAUGUCCAGUCGUCUCCUGCUCAAACCCAAAGCGCAGCUCCUCGCUGGGACUUCAGCAGCAUCUCUUUCCCGGACCUGGGCUCUCGCCGGAGCCGCGCCGUCUCUCUGGCGUCUCCAGACCCCAGCCUGCUGCCCGGAGCGCUGAAGGUGGGCGGCUGCGAAUUGUCUCCGUGGCUCAGCAGACUCAACAUGAAGCAGGAGAAGCUGUCGCGGCAGGACAGGGAGCGUCAGAGAGACAGGGAUCGCUAUCACAGGGAUAUUAACAGUGACCGAGAGGUGCAGCACUGCAGGAACUGGGCCGAGUAUUUGCAGCUGCUGGAGGACAGGAGGAGACGGAGGCAGAAAGACAGACCCGUGCAUCUGUGGGAGAAGGAGGUGACGCCGCUCACUCAGCCUGGCCAGUGCACCUCACACCGUGAACUACUGGACCAGAUCAGCAUUAUCAAGUCUUUGAGCUGGUCUGAGGGGGUUUCUAGCUUGUCACCAUCAGACCAGUGGAAGAUUAGUUUUGAUGUUUACCAACCGGACACGGUGGCAGAGUUUAAAAAGAGCCUCCCUGGAAAGCCUUACACCCGCAUGUGUGUCUGCAGUUUUGAUGGUCCAGUGCCUGAUCUGAAUGCCAUGAAGCAGCUGUCCUUCCAAAGCGGAGAUGUCCCAGUCACUUUUGCAGUGGUGGAUCAUGGCGACAUCUCCUUUUAUUGCUUCAAGGAUUUCAAACUGCCGACUGAUGUGUAUUAAAGGAGGAUUUCUAAAACUGUACUGAAACAAUGUGUGGAUCUCAGGGUAUUAAUGGGAUAGUUCAGCCAACAAUGAAAGUUCUCACAUCAUUUAGUCUUCCUCACAUUGUUCCAAGAAUGUUGGUAACCAAAAUAUUUUCUGUUCCCAUUGACUUGUAUUUUUUAUUCGGGAAAUUCUGGGAAAAAAGCAAUUCUGGUUACCAACAUUCUUCAAAGAUUACCAGCAUUAUUCAAAAAUGUUUGUUCCACUAAAAAAAAAAAGAAAGAAAAGAAAUAGAGUUUUGGAAUAACAUGAGGGUGAGAAAAUUUUUAGACAAACUAUUCCUUUACGUUGCUUUUAAUACAAAAGUAUGUCAUGUGUAAGUUAUGCCAAAACUACUAACACCAUAAAAUGUCUAUUUGGACACAGAAAAAAAAAAAAAAAAACCCAUCAAAGCCUGCUUUGACCAGCUAAUUUUGUAUUAUCUUCAGAAUCAUCUAUACUGGUUAGAUGAAUGUUUUGUUGAGCUAGUUCACAAGCUUUCAGGGUAUCUUGGUUUGAGUUUUGUUUCUGGCUCUAUUUCUGUACUCCAUAUUGGAAAUACUAUUAUCUCAACCUUGUUUUAUCAAGAUAUUCAUUGCAGUUCAUUGCUGUCACAAUAUUCUGUGGAGAAUGGGAAAGCUACAGCUUAGACGAACCUUUCAAAUGGUCAAAGUUUGGUGUUGGAUGAAAGUAAUAACUCAAUAAAACAAUCCAUUUCA